AUGGAUCAACCCGGCCCUUCGACUAGCAAUCAGGAUCCUAGAAUUGAUUUUAUCGGUUCCUAUGUAGUGAAAUCUUUAAAAUUGAAACCUGAAAAAUGGAUGCGUGUGUUAAGUAUAGAGGAACACAGAUCGACUCUUAAAGAUUUCUUAGAUAAACCUCAUCCGAUUCUCUUAGUCGUUGUUCUUACUCACGCGGCCCAAUUAGUGCCAGUUAUAUCAUUCCCAUGUUAUCUAAAAAAUAAGGCUGUUUUCUUUGUAAAGAAGCGUCCCGACGUUGUGCCUAAAGAAAGAUGCGCAGAAAUGGUAAUUUUCGGAGAUUUAGCUCCAAGAUUAAUCGAUGAACUGGCAGCUCUGGUGGAUGAAGUGUUCGUACCGAUGCUCUCAAAUCCACUUAAUCAUGAGGGUUGGCCGCUUGUAGUCUCUCAGGACAUAUUAAAGCAGAUACAUAAUCUCAAAAGCACUGUUUAUGAGGUAAAAGGUAAGAUCCUGUAUCUCAAAAGUGCGAUUGAAGGCGUUGUUAUAAAAUGGGCUCAGCAGAUUAAUGACGUUAUGAUGGAAGACUCUUCUCAGGCUUUUGAAAAUGGUCAAAAUCCAUUGCCAGCUGUUGAACUUGCGUUUUGGAAGUCACGUUUAAGUAAUUUAAACUAUAUAUAUGAUCAACUCCGUACCGAUCGAGUUCGUUGUAUGGCCGUCAUUCUGGAAAAAACGACAUCUGCUUACUAUCCUUGCUUCAGUCGCCUGUUUAAAAAUAUUGUGUCAGCACUGGCUGAGGCUCGUGAAAUCGACUUAUAUUUAAAGACGCUAGAAAAACACUUUCAAGCUUUAGAAGACACAGAUUUUACUGAGAGUCAACCAUUAUUUCGGCCGUUAUUUCACAUUAUUUGUAUGGUGUGGAGGGACUCAAAAUAUUAUUGUAGUUCUUCAAAACUUAUGGUACUCAUUAAACAGAUAUGUAAUUUACUCAUUUAUCAGGCAAAAAAAUGUCUUGAUCCAAGUACUCUAUUCCAUAGUGACAUAGAUGAAGCAAGACAAAGAAUUCAACUUACUAUUGAUAUACUAAAAAAUUUUAGAAGCACUUUUGAUUACUUUAAAGAAAGAUUGCCGAAAUAUUUUGUCGAUAGAGCAGUUAUCCCAUGGACGUUCCACCCAAACGUUGUUUUCGAAAGAAUGAAUAAAUUUCUAGACAGACUGAACACAAUCCAAUGGUUUUUCAAAACAGUACUUGAAUUUCAAAAAUUAGAGAAAAUUGAAAUUGGUGGUAUGAAAGGUCGUGUCCUGGGAGGACAAAUAAGAGAUAUCUCUGCUGAGUUCGAUGCAUAUUUUCACAGUUUUGCAUCAAAAUCAUAUGAUGUCUUGGACCCUGACGACGAUACAUUUAAUGAGGAUUUUAAAGUAUUCCAGGAAAAUAUUAUUGACUUAGAUUUAAAAUUGUCUACCGUUUUAGUUGAGUCUUUCGAUAAUUGCUCUACUCUGGAAGGGAUUUUUAAGUUGAUUGAUAUUGUCGGCUCUGUGUUAGACAGACCACUUAUCAGUAACGAAUUCACGGCAAAAUAUGUCGAAAUAAUUGGUAUGCUGGACGAAGAAAUAAAUAUAUGUGAGGAACUUUUUAAGGAGCAAUGCCAUCGUCUUCAGAAAUAUGGUCAUAUGGAAAUUGACGCGUUUUUUCCACCAAUCGCGGGCGGCAUAUUGUAUAUGACCACAUUAGCCAUGAGAGUGACGAAACCGGUGUCGUGCUUUAAAAAUUUACAGCAUCCGAUAAAAGAAAAGGAAGACGCUAUUAAAUUGUUCGAUAGAUAUGAUCAGUUGAUGAAAGAUAUCACGGAUUUUAAGAGAAAAUACUUUAAUGAGUGGACCGCUACAAUACCAAAGAUAAUCGAACUUAACAUAAAUAACACAAUACUUGCACGCCAAGGGUCGGAUCUUGUACUGAACUUCAGCCCUGAGAUAAUGGAACUCAUGAAAGAAGUACACCAUCUGCGUAACAACAAGGAUUUUAAACAAGAUUUGCCUCCGGAAUCUCUAGAGUUAUUUGGAAAACAAGAAACGUAUAGACAAUAUCGUAUCAACCUUGGCAUAACUAUUGACUGGUACAAUCAAAUAAGGAAGAAUAGUCAAAAAGUGGAAUUUGAUUUAGUCGAAGACGAGAUAAAGGCUAUAGACGAGAGAAUCGAAAUGGCACAGAAUGAACUUAACUGGAACUCUAAAGCUAGUUUAAAUGUUCUCGGAUAUAUUACCGAACAUAUGAAUCCCAAAAAUAAACUUGCACCAUUAUUUGAGGCGCAAUUAGAACUAUUAGAACCAGAUAUGGUUUUCUGCCCGAGCUUAGAUCCCAACGAGGAGAAAGGGUUUAUGUCUAUGAUUAAUAAAUUAAUCCAAGAUAUUCUUAAAAUGUCGACGCUCAUACAAAGAAUAGAUCCGACCAAAAAAGAUUCCUAUGAGACACAAAUUGUUGGACAUCAAGAUGUCGUAGAAAUGAAGGAGGAAAUUCUAAAUGGAAUAGAAAGGGUUAUAGAAGAGGCAAACGAUUUUUGUAAGACUUUUGAAAAUUAUUCAUACUUAUGGCUUGAAGAACGUGAUGCUAUAAUGGAGAUAUUUUUGACAUACGGUAGGAUAUUGACCCCAGAAGAAAUAGAUCGAAUAGGUUCCGAAGACAAAGAAAUAAUUCAACCAACGCCGUGUGCCCCUAAAAUGGAAGCUUUUAGGGAACAAAUUGAUCACUAUGAGAAUCUUUUUAUGGAUAUUGAAGAAAUGGAUUCAUAUAAAGUGUUUAACUCGUGGUUUCAGGUUGAUAUAAGACCAUUCCGACAAGCACUCCUCAAUACAGUCCGUAAGUGGGGCAACAUGUACAAAGAGCACUUAGUUGAAAAUGUAACAUCUAGUCUCAGUGAUCUUGGUAAUUUUAUUCGCAAAGCUGAUGAGGGGCUUCUCCAACCGGUACCUGAAGGAGAUUAUGAAGCGUUGGUAUCAGUAAUGGGAUAUUUGAUGAAUGUCAAGGAUCGCACAUUGACAACGGAUGACAUGUUUCAACCAUUGACUGAAACCAUAGAACUUCUGAAGUUUUAUGAUAUGGAUAUACCAGAAGAAGUCAAUGUGCUGCUACAAGAAUUACCGGAACAAUGGCAGGCUACAAAGAAAUUAGCCAUAACAGUGAAACAACAGGUAGCACCUCUUCAAGCCGCUGAAGUUGCUGGUAUAAGGAAGAAAAUUUCGGCUUUUGACUCACAUGUAACAUAUUAUAGAGAGGUUUUUAAGAAGUACGAUUUCUUCAAAUACGAAUGUGAUGAACCCUACCUCGUUAUGUCCAGAGUUGACAUGGAAAUGCUAAAUUUGGAAGACGAAAUGAAAGGAAUACAAGAAUCAGGUUCGCUAUUUGAAGUAAAUGUACCAGAGUUUAAAUUACUAAAACAAUGUAGAAAGGAAUUACGAAUGCUUAAGCAAUUGUGGGAUUACGUGUAUAUAGUCAGAACAAGUAUUGAGGAUUGGAAGACAACGCCCUGGCGGAAAAUUGAUGUCGAAAAUAUGGAUAUUGAAUGCAAGAAGUUUGCUAAAGAAAUAAGAUUACUAGAUAAAGAGAUGAGAAGUUGGGAUACCUACAUUAAUUUAGAAGCAACUGUAAAAAAUAUGCUCACGUCAUUAAGAGCUGUGGCAGAAUUGCAAAAUCCUGCGAUAAGAGAAAGACAUUGGGACCAACUAAUGAGAACCACUAAGAGCUUAGCUGCCUUGCCACCCGAACUCACAGUUAGAAUUGUAAUGGAUGCUAACACAACGUUAGCUGAUUUGCUAGCAUUAAACUUACACGAGUUCGAAGAAGAAGUGAAAAAUAUUGUUGAUAAAGCAGUGAAAGAAAUGUCCAUGGAAAAAAUACUUAAGGAUCUCAACGUAACAUGGAGCGGAAUGGAAUUUGAGCAAGAAGUGCACACAAGAACUGGCUGUGUUUUGUUAAGAGCCAGUGAAGAACUCAUAGAAACGCUCGAAGAGAAUCAGGUACAAUUACAAAAUCUAAUAACCUCUAAGUUUAUAGCACAUUUCUUAGAAGAGGUCUCGGGCUGGCAACAAAAAUUGUCUAUAGCAGAUCAAGUCAUUACAGUUUGGUUCGAAGUUCAAAGGACUUGGACUCACUUAGAAAGUAUAUUUAUGAGUUCGGAGGAUAUAAGGAAACAACUGCCAGAUGAUUCUGCUAGAUUUGAUAGAAUAGAUGCUGAAUUCAAAAUUUUAUCAAGUGACAUGGCCAAAACCCCGAAUGUUGUUAAGGGAACAAAUAAGGAGGGACUUGUGGGCAUUCUAGACAGUUUACAAAAAGAUUUAGUUAUAUGUGAAAAGGCGCUGGCUGAAUAUUUGGAAACCAAAAGACUUGCUUUUCCAAGAUUCUACUUUGUAUCAUCAGCAGAUCUUUUGGAUAUUUUAUCGAACGGCAAUCAGGCAGAAUUAGUCAUAAGACAUUUAACAAAAUUAUUUGAUUCCAUUGCUAAACUUCAAUUUAUUGAGAGUGAGAAACCUGGAGAAAAGACAGCUUCAGGAAUGAUAGCAAAAGAUGGUGAACUUGUUUCUUUUCAAGGUCUUUGUGACUGUACUGGACCAGUUGAAAUUUGGCUGAAUCGUUUACAAGACAUAAUGAGAUCGUCAAUUCGACAAUAUUUUGGAGAAGCGAUUGUAUCCUAUGAAGAAAAGUCACGUGAACAAUGGCUUUUUGACUUUAUGGCUCAAGUAUCUCUAUGCUGUACACAAAUUUGGUGGACAUCUGAAGUUAAUAUUGCAUUUGGCAGAUUAGAAGAAGGUUAUGACAAUGCACUUAAAGAUUAUUACAAAAAGCAACUGUCUCAACUUAGUACUUUAAUAACGCUAUUAAUUGGAGAACUCAGCAAGCAAGACCGACAAAAGAUCAUGACAAUAUGUACUAUCGAUGUCCAUUCAAGAGAUGUUGUCAGCAAGUUGAUUCAGGGGAAAGUUGAAUCAGGAUCUGCGUUUCAAUGGCAAUCUCAAUUAAGACACAGGUGGGGUGAAAAAGAACUUCAUUGUUUUGCAAACAUUUGCGAUGCUCAGUUCACAUAUAGUUAUGAAUAUUUAGGAAAUACACCAAGAUUAGUAAUAACCCCUCUUACUGAUCGUUGUUAUAUAACAUUAACUCAGUCCCUACACUUGAUAAUGGGUGGAGGACCUGCAGGCCCAGCUGGAACUGGAAAAACCGAAACCACAAAAGACUUAGGCAGAGCUUUGGGGAUAAUGGUUUAUGUGUUUAAUUGUUCGGAACAGAUGGAUUAUCAGUCUUGUGGAAAUAUUUAUAAAGGCUUAGCUCAAACUGGUGCCUGGGGAUGUUUCGAUGAAUUUAACCGAAUUUCGGUUGAAGUACUGUCAGUUGUAGCAGUGCAAGUUAAAUCUGUUCAAGAUGCUAUAAGGGAUAAAAAAGAUAAGUUUAAUUUUAUGGGAGAGAUCAUAGUUUUGGUUCCAACUGUGGGCAUUUUCAUAACAAUGAAUCCUGGUUACGCAGGGAGAACCGAAUUGCCAGAAAAUCUAAAGGCUCUGUUUAGGCCAUGUGCUAUGAGCUAUCAAAUCGGUUUGGUUGUUGCCGGUUCUUUAAAGAGAGGCGAUCCUGGGAGACCAGAAGAAGAAGUGCUCAUGAGAACUUUGCGUGAUUUCAAUAUACCAAAGAUAGUUACUGAUGAUAUGCCAGUGUUUAUGGGUUUGAUUGGGGAUCUAUUCCCAGCCUUAGAAGUACCUAGAAAAAGAGAUUUAGAAUUUGAGAGAACAGUAAAACAAGCUGCUAUGGAUUUGCUUCUUCAACCAGAAGAUAAUUUUAUACUAAAAGUAGUACAGUUAGAAGAACUGUUUGAAGUAGACAUUCCGUUUUCAUUGUUGGCAAUGCAGGCAAAUAUUGUAGGCGAGAAUCCAAAAUGGAUUGUGUUAGAUGGAGACAUAGAUCCUAUGUGGAUCGAGUCAUUAAAUACAGUAAUGGAUGACAAUAAAAUUUUAACUUUGGCAAGUAAUGAGCGAAUUGCCCUAACACCAAGCAUGAGACUGAUGUUCGAAAUAUCAAAUUUACGUACUGCUACACCCGCUACUGUCUCUAGAGCUGGUAUUUUAUAUAUCAAUCCACAAGAUUUGGGAUGGAACCCAUACGUAACCAGUUGGGUGGAAACUAGAAAGAUUCCUGCGGAAAAAUCGAAUUUGGUUAUUCUAUUCGAUAAAUACAUUCCUCCUUGUUUAGAAAAUAUUCGAAAUAGAUUUAAAAAAAUAACCCCCAUAGCAGACAUGGCUCACAUACAGAUGCUUUGUCAUCUAUUGAGUUGUUUAUUAGUUCCUGAAAAUACUCCUCCAGAUUGUCCAAAGGAAUGGCAUGACAUAUUUUUCGUAUUUGCUUGCGUUUGGGCAUUUGGCUCUGCUAUGUUUCAGGAUACAAAUGUGGAUUAUAGAAUUGAAUUUUCAAAUGGUGGGUCAAUGAAUUUAAAACUGUCAAGUUUCCCAGCUGGUGGUACCGUUUUUGACUAUUAUAUUGAUCUUGAAACGAAACAGUUUACACCUUGGACUGAAAAAAUUACAAAAUUUGAAUUGGAUAGCGACAUACCUUUACAGGCUGUAUUAGUACCAACCGCUGAGACAAUAAGAAUUAGAUUCUUCUUAGAUCUCUUGAUGAAAAAUAAGCAUCCUGUAAUGUUAGUUGGAAGCGCUGGCUGUGGAAAGACAGUAUUAGUGAACGAAAAACUACAAGGUCUUCCGGAAACGUAUGCUAUUCAAUCAAUUCCAUUUAAUUUUUAUACAACCUCAGAAAUGCUGCAAAAGAUUCUUGAGAAACCACUUGAAAAGAAAGCAGGAAGGAAUUAUGGUCCACCUGGAAUAAGACUUUAA